AUGGUGCGACAUACACAGGUGAAUGGAAAGGAAGCUGCAGGCAUGGAAAAGGUAUGCAAGUUUGGCCAGAUGGUGCUAGAUACGAGGGUGACUGGGCAGAUGACAAGGCCUCUGGAUACGGCAGAUUCGAGCACGUGGAUGGUGACAUCUAUGAAGGUGAAUGGAAGAAUGACAAGGCACAUGGACAUGGCGUGUACUACCAUGCUGAUGGCUCCAAGUACGAUGGGGAGUGGGAAGAAGACAAACAACAUGGACAAGGUGUUGAAAUAUGGCCUGAUGGAGCAAAAUAUUCUGGGGCGUAUGUGCUUGGAAACAAGUCUGGAAGAGGCACAUUCUCUUGGGCUGACGGCUCUAGCUACCAGGGCGAGUUUAUUGGAAAUGACAUCCAUGGUGCUGGUGUAUACCGUUGGAGCGAUGGUCGAAAAUUUGAGGGGCAAUGGGCUCACAACAGGAUGCACGGAAAAGGACUUUUUACUUGGGUUGAUGGCCGCAGCUACGAGGGGGAAUACGUCAAUGACCAAAAGGAUGGGGAGGGCAUUUUCAGAUGGCCAGAUGGUCGUCAGUAUCAUGGUCAAUGGAAGUAUGGGAAGCAGCAUGGAACAGGUGUCUACUGCACCGCUAGAGGCCAGACCACAACCGAACAUAGCGUUCAGAAGAAAAGAGAAAGACAGAAAACGUCACUAG